UACAUUAUUCAUUUCGUACAUUUUCAUUUGUAGAAAGCCUCGGUUAAUUUCCAUUGGUUGAUUUAUUUAACCGAUAUCAAUGAGCAGAACGAUUUUCCGCUUCCCCAUUGACUCACGCGUUGCAAAAUGAAGACGAUGAAAUGCUAUUAUCGUGACUUUAAAACAUGAAAAGAAAAAUGAAUUCAAAUGCUUGCUUCAGAAUAUUAGUGUUAAUUAUUUACGCCAUUAACCUUAAGAUUAUAAAUGCAUACGACCCUGAUAAUGAUCCACUUAUGUUCAUCGCUAACCCCGUAGAAGCUAACAUGCCAGGACAUUGGAUACCUUUGAGCAUUCUUAAAGUUAUGCUAGAGGGUACAACAAGGCUGGUUACACAAAGGGAAAAAUUGUCAGAGUUUAUAACUGAAGCUCCUCGCCCGACUAAGAAAAUCGAAGUUACCACAGAAGUAACAAGUGAGAUCACGACUACAUCGACUGAGGCACCUACAGAUCCUCCUUCUGAAGCUACUGCAGCUCCUGAAGUACCCACUGAAGCACCUACUGAAGCACCCACUGAAGCGCCUACAGAAGCACCCACUAAAGCGCCUACUGAAUCGCCCACUGAAGCACCUACUGAAGCGCCCACUGAAGCGCCCACUGAAGCACCCACUGAAGCACCCACUGAAGCACCCACUGAACCGCCCACUGAAGCGCCCACUGAAGCACCCACUGAAGCACCCACUGAAGCACCCACUGAGGCACCCACUGAACCACCAACGGAACGUCAGAAGCCAGUUCGUAAAAAACCUAGAGAUGAUCACGAAAAUCUAUCAUAGAGAAAAGUAACUAUUUAUAUGUAUGGUUAAAAAUAAAGUUAUUAUUUUAUAA